UCUGAGGGAAGCAGCCGACGCCAUCGCUGAGGAACGGACCACGGCCCGAGCCAUCCACGCCGUGACCUCUUGGCGGGCCUGCAUCUAGGUUGACUAAGAUCUCUGUGGGCACCGUUCACGGCUACCAUCGCUGUUGUGUACUUUUCCAAGUGCUUAGCACAGUGCUUCACCCACACAUCAGGAACAGCUUAAGAAGUAUCUGUGGGACCACAGAGGAGCCUCAUUAGCAGAUCAUCUAUUGUAUUAAACUUGUGUUCAAAGAAGAAGCUUGAAAAUGGCAUCCAUGCAAGAAUUAGUGAGCGACCAGCGGUUUAGCAGGAUCACUAAGGAUCCUAGAUUUUGGGAAAUGCCAGAUAAGAACCGAAAAAUCAAAAUUGAUAAGCGGUUUCAAGCAAUGUUUCAUGACAAAAAAUUCAAGUUGAAAUACGCUGUGGAUAAAAGAGGACGACCUAUCAAUCGCACUAGUACAGAGGACCUGAAACGAUUUUAUGACCUUUCUGAUUCAGACUCCGAUCCCUCCGAUAAAGAAAGCAAGAUAUUGCAGAAGGAAAAAACCAAGAGAAAAACCCAAAAGCCUAAAAAACAAAUCGAUUCCAAGAACCCCUUGGUUAACAAUCAGGAGGAGAAUAAAAGCAGGAAAAUUAAGCAGAAUAAGGCUCCUGAAAAUGAAGAACCGGAUACUUCAGGAAGAAUUACUAAAGCAGGAAGUUUGAGUAUAUCCAAGUUGAAAAAAGACUGUAGAAAAAUGAAUGCUGAAAAAGAUGAUAAAGAAGCUGCACAGAAGGGCAUAAAAAACCAAAAAGAUAUUUCUGCAAAUAAGGGCAUAAAGAAGCAAAAGGAUAUUUUCAUAGCGGGCUCAAAUUCAUCACCCAAAAGCAAAAUGACAUCACAACCAAGCACUGCUGACAAAGGGAAAUCUUCCCAGAUGAAAUAUCCUGUGGAGAAGAAAAGGGAAUCAGCACAUGAUGAUGCCUUUGAAAGUCAGUCAGAUGAUGACAGUUUUGAAAAAGAUUCAGUGGAGGAAGACUCAGAAAAUGAUAAUGAAACAGAAGCAGGUGAAGAGUCAGAGGAAGAUGAAGAAAAGGAAGAAAUCGGUGAUGAAGCCUCAGAUGACGAUGAAGACGAAAGUGACAGUGGCCCUGACCUUGCUAGAGGAAGAGGAAAUGUUGAGACUAGUUCUGAGGAUGAAGAAGACGAUAUGACCAACUUGUAUCCAAAGGAACCUGAGUUUGAACAUGCUUGGAGAGAAUUGGAUAAAGAUGCGCCUCGGGUAGAAGAGAUUACAAAUCGACUGGCAGUUUGCAACAUGGACUGGGAUAGAUUAAAGGCCAAAGAUCUGCUGGCUCUGUUUAAUUCAUUUAAACCUAAAGGUGGUGUUAUAUUUUCUGUUAAGAUCUAUCCUUCAGAAUUUGGAAAGGAAAGAAUGAAGGAAGAACAGCUGCAAGGACCUGUAGAACUAUUAAGUAUUCCUGAGGAUGCCCCAGACAAAGACUGGGCCAAUAGAGAAAAAUUGAGGGAUUAUCAAUUCAAGCGCCUGAAAUACUUUUAUGCAGUUGUAGACUGUGAUUCUCCAGAAACAGCCAGUAAAAUUUAUGAAGACUGUGAUGGACUUGAAUUUGAAAGUAGUUGUUCCUUUGUAGACCUGAGGUUUAUUCCCGACGAUGUUACUUUUGAUGAUGAGCCAAAGGAUAUAGCUUCAGAAGUGGAUAUAGCUGCAUAUAAGCCCAAAUAUUUUACAUCAGCAGCUAUGGGAACAUCAACGGUGGAGGUCACCUGGGAUGAAACUGAUCAUGAAAGAAUCACUACCCUGAACAAAAACUUUAAAAAAGAUGAUCUUCUUGACAUGGAUUUUCAAGCCUAUUUAGCUUCCUCCAGUGAAGAUGAAGAGGAGAUAGAGGAAGAACAGGAGCAGGGCAGUGAUGAUGGAAUCGGGGAGACAGCAGAGGAGAAACCUAAAAAUCAGAAGGAUGAUGAAGAGCAAAUCAACAAGUACAGGAAACUCUUGCAACUUAUCCAAGAUAAAGAGAAGAAAAACAAGGAAAAUGAAAUGGAAAUGGAGAUUAAAUGGGUUCCAGGUCUAAAAGAAAAUGCUGAAGAGAUGGUUAAAAAUAAGUUAGAAGGAAAGGACAAACUGACUCCUUGGGAACAGUUUUUGGAAAAGAAAAAGGAGAAAAGAAGAUUGAAAAAGAAACAGAAGGCUGUUACUGAAGAAGAAACCAGUGAAGAUGAACUUCCCCCGGAUGUUGACUUGAAUGACCCGUACUUUGCCGAAGAAGUUGGAAAAAUAGCUGUAAAGAGGAAAUCAAAAAAAUCCCAGAAAGAAGAAAAGAGCCCUGAAGAAGAAGCUGAAAUCGAAAGACAAAAGGCUGAAAUGGCCUUGCUUAUGAUGGAUGAUGAGGAAGAUGGUAAAAAGCAUUUCAACUAUAACAAGAUUGUAGAGCAACAGAACCUGAGCAAGAAAAAGAAGAAGCAGCUGAUGAAAAAGAAGGAAUUACUAGAAGAUGAUUUUGAGGUAAAUGUUGCAGAUGAACGAUUCCAGGCAAUGUAUACUUCUCACUUAUAUAACUUGGAUCCUUCGGAUCCUAAUUUCAAGAAAACCAAAGCUGUGGAAAAAAUCCUUGAGGAGAAAGCUCGGCAAAGAGAACAAAAUCAGCAGAAACUUACAGAGGCAAUAAAGAGAAAAGAAAACGAGCUGCAAAAGGACUCAUCUAAGAAAUCCAUUGAUCCUGCCUUGUCGAUGCUGAUUAAAUCUAUAAAAAGCAAAACAGAGCAGUUUCAAGCGAGGAAAAAGCAGAAAAUUAAAUAAUUGGAAUUCAAACAGCUUGUGAACUUAAAAAGUAUCUUCGUAAUCCUCACUUUACAAUCAGAGCUACUUCUGGGUAUGAAGAACAUCUUAAUCUACCUUCACCAUUAUAGCCUUUUUUUCAACACAAACUGAAUGAAAGUAAUUAAAUGGCCACUUUGAGACCCCUAAAUUGGCAGCUCAAGUGGAAAUGCCCGAACUAUGAACUCAAUUCUGGGGAAAUUAAAAGAAAAUUUCUGAGUUUGGUUUUAAAGACCAUAAAAGGGCUGGGUUUAAGAAAGGCAUGGGGUUAUUCAUAUACUUUUAGCAAUAUUGUAAAUAUAUUUAAUAUUCAGUGGAAAUUUAAUUAAUUUUCCUGGACCAUGACAUAUUUUUAAAACUACUGAUUAGAAGUGAACUACUAAUUUAUCUGAACGUAAGAAUUGAGAAUCUGAGAAUUUGUGGCCCAGUUAUGGUUUUUCUAUGGCAUUUUUUAAUAAAAAUGUAAAAGCAUUUUUGUUUUCCACCUGCUUUUAUUUGGUUUGUGCCUUGCUAAAGCAAAUCUCUGCCUAGAAACACAAAGGUUCAUGAUACACAGAAUGGACAUCAUUGUUGUAAAAGAUGAAAGUUAUGUCACUAUUAGGACAUUCACGUCUCCUUCGUGUGUUUUCCUACUUAUAAGUAAAGAUAAUUCUUCUCUCC